AUAGUGUAGGCUGUUAACCGCCAAUCAGCUGUUCUCAGUCAUCGAUAACCGAUAGCCAAACCCGAUACGCGCCUUCCGAUUGUUUUCAUUGUUUGUGUACGCGUUCUUCAUACAUACAUAUGUGUUUAUAGUUUUUAAAGCAAAGUUUUAGAGAGUUAUUAACUAAACUUAGCUUGAAUCGAGAAGUCCUUAGGCCAGUGCGUAUUACUGCAGAUGUAGGGCGUGCAAAAAAACGAGUGAAAUAAGUGCAAGAAAGGGGGGACCAGCACAGCCACGAAUUCCUGGCAAAGAAGCGGAGAAAAUUAAACUUAUUAAUAUAAAAUAAAAGGAAACGCCAAGGAUGAGCAACUACAGGUAUCAGGGAGGCGGCGGCGGUGGCGGUGUCGGUGGCGUGGGCGUGAUAGGUGGUCGCGGAUACAGCGGGAUCGAGGUGCGGGACAUGCAUCCACAUCACUUCACAUACGUGAGCCAGUUCGUCAAGUAUAUGAUUUUCCUGCUGAACUUUGUGUUCUGGCUGUUCGGCGGCCUGCUCCUGGGCAUCGGCAUCUAUGCGUUCAAGGACAAAUGGGAGGAGGCAAACGGCUGGGUGCGCCUGGAGACCAUUUACGAUGUGAUCUUUAACAUCUCCCUGGUGAUGAUAAUCGCCGGCAUGGUCAUCUUCCUCGUUAGCUUCUCCGGCUGCCUGGGCGCCCUGCGGGAGAACACGUUCCUGUUGAAGCUCUACUCCAUGUGCUUGCUGCUCUUCUUCCUCAUGGAGAUGGCCAUAGCUAUCAUUUGCUUCGUGUUCCCACAAUACAUGAACUCAUUCCUGGAGAAACAGUUCACCGACAAGAUUAUCCAUUCAUAUCGCGACGAUCCGGACUUGCAGAACUUUAUCGACUUUGCCCAACAAGAGUUUAAAUGCUGUGGCCUCAGCAAUGCCGGAUAUCAGGAUUGGAGCAAAAAUGAGUACUUCAACUGCAGCUCGCCGUCGGUGGAGAAGUGUGGUGUGCCCUACAGCUGCUGCAUCAAUGCCACCGAUAUAUCCUCCGGCCUGGUGAACAUCAUGUGUGGCUAUGGCGUCCAGGAGACGCCAGUGCCGGAGGCCAGGAAACGCAUUUGGACUAGCGGCUGCAUUGAAAUCGUACGCGUGUGGGCCGAACGCAAUCUGUAUGUAAUAGCUGGCAUCGCUCUGGGCAUCGCCCUAGUCCAGCUGUUGGUCAUCUAUCUGGCCAAGACACUGGAGGGUCAAAUUGAGUUGCAGAAGCUGCGCUGGUCGGCGUGAGAUCCGGGCCAGCCCGAAUAUUACGGGCCCUACGACUAUCAGCCGUAAAUGGUGACCUCCUGUCCUUUUCCCUUUCUGUAUAUUAUUAACCCGUGAAUACCGCUCACCUGCCGCCACAAGACUGUCGAUAAUUCAAAAGAGCAUUUAAUAAUGAAAAUAGUGAAGCCAAAGUAUUAAAAGUUAGAUAUUUCUGCAUUUCAAACACUCAAGAAAUGGCACUUUUCGACACUUGAUUGUUUUUUAAAGUACGUGAGCGUUAUUCAUAAAUAUUUUCGUGUUUACUUUAACGUUACUUUAGUAUCGUGCAAUAUUCAUUUUGACCUCCCCAUAUCCAACAAACAAAAGCAAUGAACAAAGUUAUUCUUAAUGAGAUAAUUCCAUUUGCCGACUCAGCUUUGAAUCUUUAGUUACUCCAAUAUUUACGAAUGCAGGGCUGCCUCAGGAAUCGCUAUGCAUUUAAGACGAACUUUUAAUUAUGUCCAAGAGAUCUGUAUUUAAGGGCCCAAAUACAAUGUAAGACGUAGAAAUUUUGUAGCCAGCGAUUUCUGUGGCUUCAAAGCCUAUCUCAAUCCCCAUAAUCGUUGAAUACUCUCAUCUCAAUCCGACCAAAAAUCGCCAUAUAUACAUAUACAUAUACAUAUAUCAGGUUUGGCCAGUGAAUAUUCUUGCGAAAAUCUCAAUGUUGUAUAGCCACAAAAACAAACUUACUUAAAUAUAUAUCAAUAUAUCCAGACUGUAUAUACGUACAUAGAACAGACAAGGUCUUACAAUCCGCAUUUAUUUAUUCAUAACAAUUCUAGUGAACAACAAAAAAAGAACGAUAACCAAUCGCACAAAACUGAAAUAUAAAUGUAGCUUUUUUUAAACAUUAGUUUAUGUAUGUAUGUAAUAUUAAUAUAGAACCCUAAAAUGUAGAUUUAUUAUAAUAAAAUAUAACAGAAGCAAUAUAGAGGAAUCCAAGAACGUGAGAGUAUUCCUUGAUAACAGUUUUAUCAACCCAACAGCAGUGCCAAAGUAUUGAGUAAGAAUUCUGGUAUAUUUUCAUACUUGAAUUCAUGGGAAGCUGUUGCUAAAUAUGUA